AGGUAAGCAGUCUUCGACAUUCCUAGCGCUGUGUGUUCCUUAAAAUCUUAUACUACAUACGAGCAUACAAACAUGCUUUCAAUAUGCUGCACUAAGUCAAGGUUUUAAUGCUCGAAGGGUUCUAUGAUGGGCCUCACUGGAAUCCCACGGCAACGGAAAUCGCUGUAGUGAUCGAAGGGCAAGGUAUGGUGCAAGUUGUUUGCCCCCAACCUUCAGGUGAGGGUGGGGAUACAUUCAGAUGCCAAAACACACGGUUUAGAGUUAAAGGGGAUCUCUUUGUUGUGCCGAGGUAUCAUCCAAUGGUGCAAAUAUCAUUCAACAAUAAUUCGUUCGUCUUUGUGGGGUUCAGCACCAUGGUUAAGAACUAUCCUCAGUUCUUGGUGGGAGAGAGGUCAGUGCUUCAAACAAUUGAGAGGGGGAUCUUGGAAGUGUCCUUUAAUUCUUCAAAUACGACGAUUGACUUUUUAACAUCUCAACGCGAGUCAAUAAUGCUUUCUUGUACUUCAUGUGCUGAGGAACUAGAGAGAGAAGUGGAGGAAGAGAUUGAGAGGCAAAAGAAAGAAGAAGAAGAAGCCAGAAAGAGGGAAGAGAGGAAGAAGGAGCAGGAGGAAGCUAGGAGGGAGGAAGAAGAAGAGGCCAAGAAGAAGGAAGAGGAGGAAGCU